GCAAGAACUAGGAAAGAAAACACACAACUGGCCUUCGGCGCUAUCACCUAUCUCCCUCAACAGGAAAGUAGCUCCAAACAGCCAAUCAGCGGCGACGCUGAACGUAGACGUGCUACGCUGUCACAUUCAGGCAAGAUGGCUGCGCCCUACAGAUUCUCUCUUGUUGCUUAAGUUUUUUUUGCCCGUCCCUCCUGUCAGGUUCAAAGUCAGAUUUUCUCCCAGCAUGUUCUCCUUCCGAGGCUGUGGCGGUCGGGUCGCGGCUUCUUUCACCAAGCGGCAGUUUCCGUUGCCCCGGUUGAGCAGUGACAGCGCGGGGCCCCGGACUCCGCACUUCGACGUGAUAGUCAUUGGUGGAGGACAUGCCGGGACUGAGGCAGCCACUGCCGCCGCUCGGUGCGGCUCUCGGACUUUGCUCCUCACGCAUCGCGUGGACACGAUCGGUCAGAUGUCAUGCAAUCCUUCCUUUGGUGGCAUUGGAAAGGGGCAUUUAAUGAGGGAAGUAGAUGCCUUGGAUGGCCUGUGUUCUCGCAUCUGUGACCAGUCUGGUGUACAUUACAAAGUAUUAAAUCGGUGUAAGGGACCAGCUGUGUGGGGUCUGAGAGCUCAGAUUGAUAGGAAACUCUAUAAACAGAACAUGCAGAAAGAAAUCUUGAGUACACCACUGCUUACUGUUCAGGAGGGAGCUGUAGAAGAUCUUAUUCUUACAGAACCAGAGCCUGAACACACUGGAAAAUGCCGUGUCAGUGGUGUUGUUUUGGUGGAUGGAAGCACAGUAUAUUCAGAGAGUGUGAUUCUGACUACUGGGACAUUUCUGAGAGGCAUGAUUAUAAUUGGAUUGGAGAUGCAUCCAGCAGGACGUUUAGGGGAUCAGCCUUCUAUAGGAUUGGCUCAGACGCUGGAGAAGUUAGGGUUUGUGGUGGGAAGGUUGAAGACUGGGACUCCACCCCGAAUUGCCAAAGAGUCCAUUAAUUUCAGUAUUCUAAACAAGCAGACACCGGACAAUCCAUCCUUACCGUUCAGCUUUAUGAAUGAGACAGUAUGGAUUAAGCCAGAAGAUCAGCUGCCAUGUUACUUGACUCAUACCAACCCUAGAGUGGAUGAGAUUGUCCUUAAGAACCUUCACCUUAAUAGUCAUGUUAAGGAAACAAUAAGAGGACCCCGAUACUGUCCCUCCAUUGAGUCAAAAGUUUUACGUUUUCCAAACCGUCAACAUCAGGUUUGGUUGGAACCUGAAGGAAUGGAUUCUGACCUUAUCUACCCACAGGGGUUAUCUAUGACACUACCAGCUGAGUUACAAGAGAAAAUGAUCACAUGCAUCAGAGGCUUGGAGAAAGCUAAAGUGAUUCAGCCAGGCUAUGGUGUUCAGUAUGAUUACUUAGAUCCCCGUCAGAUCACUCCUUCUCUGGAAACUCAUUUAGUUCAACGGCUCUUCUUUGCUGGACAGAUCAAUGGCACCACUGGUUAUGAGGAAGCAGCAGCUCAAGGUGUGAUAGCUGGAAUCAACGCCAGUCUUCGGGUCAAUCGCAAGCCUCCCUUUGUGAUUAGCCGAACAGAAGGUUAUAUAGGAGUCUUGAUUGAUGACCUCACCACUCUGGGCACCAGUGAACCAUACCGCAUGUUUACCAGCCGAGUAGAGUUCCGUUUGUCACUGCGCCCCGAUAAUGCUGACAGCCGGCUCACACUGCGAGGAUAUAAAGAAGCUGGCUGUGUGUCCCAACAGCGAUAUGAAAGAGCUUGUUGGAUGAAGUCUUCUUUAGAAGAAGGCAUUUCUGUGUUGAAAUCUAUUGAGUUUUCAAGCUCUAAGUGGAAAAACUUAAUCCCAGAGGCUUCUAUAAGUACUAGUAGAAGUCUGCCUGUCAGAGCUCUCGAUGUUCUGAAGUAUGAGGAAGUUGACAUGGAUUCAUUAGCCAAGGCUGUUCCAGAGCUCUUGAGGAAGUAUACUAAAUCUAGAGAGCUAGCUAAAAGACUGAAAAUAGAAGCCACUUAUGAAUCAGUAUUGUUCCAUCAACUACAAGAAAUAAAGGAAGUUCAGCGAGAUGAAGCUCUCCAACUGCCAAAAGACCUAGAUUAUUUGACUGUCAGGGAUGUGUCUUUGUCCCAUGAAGUUCGAGAGAAACUACAUUUUAGUCGUCCACAGACGGUAAGAAAAUAGGCAGGGGAAUAGGAACAAGUUAAAG